GUCAGCGAGAUCAUCAACGUCGCCAUCGUGCAUUACCGGGACGACCUGGACCUGCAGAACCUCAUCGAUUUUGGGCAGAAGGAGUUCGGCUGCUGCGGGGGCAUCUCCUACAAGGACUGGUCCCAAAAAAUCUACUUCAACUGCACCACCGCCAACCCCAGCCGCGAGCGCUGCUCCGUCCCCUUCUCCUGCUGCCUGCGGGACGCCCACCAGGCUGUCAUCAACACCAUGUGCGGGCAGGGCAUGCAAGCCAAGGGCUACCUGGAGGCCAGCGCCUUCCUCCACAUCGCCGGCUGCAUCGACAAACUGCUCAACUGGGUCCACGGCUUCCUGCUGGGGGGCAUCGCCCUGGGGCUGGCUGUCCCCCAGCUGAUGGGCAUUUUGCUGGCCCAGAUCCUCACCCACCAGAUCCAAGACCAGCUCAAGCUGCAGCUCUACAACCAGCAGCACCAGGCAGACCCCUGGUACUGA